AUGUUGGCCGUUCGUCCACUGUUGACGAAGGCACUGUUGCUGCCAUCAACCAACGGUGCCGCACAAGUUUUACUACGAUCAAAGGCCACCUUGCCAGUGGUUGAGAAGGACAAACCGGAAAAGCUUCCGUACUCCCCGUUCGGCACAAAGCAGUCGAACUGGGCUGACUGGACCGUGGCACGGCUGGAUGAUGUGCUGAACUGGGGCCGUAAAGGUUCGAUUUGGCCGCUAACGUUCGGGUUAGCGUGCUGUGCCGUGGAGAUGAUGCACAUCGCCGCCCCACGCUACGACAUGGAUCGGUUCGGUGUCGUAUUCCGUGCUUCACCUCGCCAGGCGGACGUGAUCAUCGUAGCGGGUACGCUGACCAACAAGAUGGCACCAGCGCUGCGCAAGGUUUACGACCAAAUGCCGGAACCGCGCUGGGUCAUCUCGAUGGGUAGUUGCGCGAACGGUGGCGGCUACUACCAUUACUCGUACUCGGUGGUUCGUGGUUGCGAUCGGAUCAUUCCGGUCGACAUUUACGUGCCCGGAUGCCCACCAACAGCGGAAGCCCUGCUGUACGGCGUCCUGCAGCUGCAGAAGAAGGUCAAGCGUAUGAAGACGCUACAGAUGUGGUAUCGCAAAUAA